UUCGCUUCUCGAAACACAGACGAAUUUCGGGAACCGCUCGAGCUCGAGUUCUCAGAAUCCCAAUCCGCUUCCCUCCUCCCUCAUGGCUCGUUUUGUACUCCAAAACCGUCCUUCCUUCGAAGCCCAAAAAAUGGAAAUCGUUCUCCCAUGGAGAGCCUGAUGCCUAUUCCCCAAAUACCCACGCACUUCUCUUGUGCUUCGCUUUUCGCUCCAAAGUCAUGCUGAGGUCUCGCCUUGUGGGAGUUUCCCUUCGAAACGGAUCGAGGGUCUUUACUCGGUCUCCUCCAUCUACUAGAUAUACUUUUGAAAAGUCAUAUUACAAAUAUCAUUUUCAUAGGAGAUGGGUACCAGCCUUCAUGAAGAAUUUCCCAAGGUUUAUCCUUUUCAGGGCUUCCAGUCCCGAGGCUAUAUAGAAGGAACAAACUACAGGGAUCAUAAGCUACCAAGAAAGCUUCCAGAAGAUAACGAGUUGCAUUCCCAAUCAUGGAGAAAUUAUAUUAUUCCCACAGCUGUACUAGUGAUUGCUGGAGCAGGCCUACUUAUUCACUACAAUGAUGAGAAACGAGCAAUCCCAAAAGGAUCGCAUCAAAGUACUAACUCUGAUGGGAGUAAAGUCAACAGACCUGCAAUUGGAGGCCCAUUUAGGCUGUUUGAUACAGAAAAAAAUUUGGUAACUGAGUCAAACCUUCAGGGAAAUUGGACACUCAUGUACUUUGGGUACACUUCUUCCCCUGAUGUUGGACCAGAAGAAGUUAAAAAGAUGGCCGAAGUCAUCCAGAUAUUAGAGUCUGAACACAACUUCAAGAUCACUCCUAUUUUUGUCACCAUUGACCCUCAGCGUGAUUCCCCUGCUCAACUUAGGGCAUACCUUGGAGAAUUUGAUUCAAGAAUAAUUGGAUUAACAGGCCCUAUUGCGGCUGUAAGACAGAUGGCACAGGAGUACCGCAUUUACUUCAAAAAAGUUGAUGAAGAAGGCCAAGAUUAUCUUGUGGAAUGUUCACAUAACAUGUACCUGUUAGAUCCAAACAUGGAAAUUUUGAGAUGUUUUGGAGUGGAAUAUGAUGCUUUGCAGUUGUCUAAUGCGAUAAUGAUGGAGAUGAAGAAGGCAUCAAAGUGACCAACCUUCUAUGUACCAUUUCUUCCUCUGAUUUUUUCUAAGGUGAUUCUCAAGAAAGUUUGAAGGCAUAGAUUGAAUGAUAGAGCUCAAGAAAAGUUUUCAACCAUUCUGCAGUUAAAAAUAUGGUUCGAGAAAAAAGAAAAAAAAGCUAGCGACUUUUCUUCUGAAUAAAAUUACAGGUGAAAUGGCUUUGUAAUUUCAUGGAAAUUUUGUCUUUUCAUGACAAUUAGUACAAAUUUCUAAUUCAAGUUAUGAAGCUACGCAGAACCCAUUUGUCUA